AUUAGCGUUUGUUGUGUUGAGCGAAAGUGUGGGAAUUGAAAAUGUGGCGUAACUGCAUGCGGCCUCUUCUCCUUCUUCUCCUUCUCCUUCCCUUCUCCGGCGCCGUCGACAUCGACGAUGUUCGAUUCGAUUUUCCGGCGAAGAAGCUCAUCAGUGAACUUAACCUUUUUCCUCCCGAAGAUGUCAACAUCGUUAGCCACCCCUAUUCUGAUGCCAACAAGAUCGUCGAGAAACCGCUUAGGUUCCCAAACUUUGUGGAUUCACAGUCUGGGAUUUCCAUCGACGACUUGGCUCACCGUGCUGGCUAUUACCCUAUUACUCAUUCUCAUGCUGCUCGGAUGUUCUACUUUUUCUUUGAAUCACGGAACAGCAAGAAGGAUCCUGUUGUGAUUUGGUUGACUGGGGGGCCUGGCUGUAGCAGUGAAUUGGCUGUGUUUUAUGAGAAUGGCCCUUUCAAAAUUGCUGACAACAUGUCCCUUGUGUGGAAUGAUUAUGGUUGGGACAAGGUUUCUAACCUUCUGUAUGUUGACCAACCAACUGGAACUGGAUUUAGUUACAGUACUGACAAGCGUGACAUUCGUCAUGAUGAAGAAGGUGUCAGCAAUGACCUGUAUGACUUUUUACAGGCCUUCUUUGCUGAACAUCCUGAGUAUGCAGAGAAUGACUUUUUUAUUACGGGUGAAUCAUAUGCUGGACAUUAUAUUCCAGCUGUUGCAGCUCGCAUCCAUAGGGGAAACAAAGAUAAAGAGGGAAUUCAUAUAAACUUAAAGGGAUUUGCCAUUGGUAAUGGUCUUACAGAUCCUGGGAUUCAGUAUAAAGCUUAUACAGAUUAUGCACUGGAAAUGGACAUAAUUCAGCAGGCUGACUAUGAUCAACUCAACAAAGUGAUGGUUCCAGCCUGUGAAAUAGCAAUAAAAUUAUGCGGCACUGGUGGAAAAGUCGCAUGCAUGGCUUCAUACUUUGUUUGUAAUACCAUCUUCAAUUCCAUCAUGUCACAUGCUGGCAAUAUCAAUUAUUAUGACAUCAGAAAGAAGUGUGAGGGGAGCCUUUGCUAUGAUUUUUCAAAAAUGGAGAAAUUCUUGAACCAAGAAUCUGUUCGGGAUGCACUAGGGGUUGGAGAUAUUGCUUUUGUAUCUUGUAGUUCUACAGUUUAUCAGGCUAUGCUGGUGGAUUGGAUGAGGAAUCUUGAAGUUGGUAUUCCUGCCCUUCUUGAAGAUGGAAUCAAUUUGCUUGUGUAUGCUGGAGAAUAUGAUCUCAUCUGCAACUGGCUUGGUAAUUCAAAAUGGGUUCAUGCCAUGGAGUGGUCUGGUCAUGAAGAAUUUGUGGCCUCAUCCGAAGUGCCUUUCACAGUUGAUGACGCUGAAGCUGGAGUAUUGAAGAAUUACGGACCUUUAAGUUUCCUUAAGGUCCAUAAUGCAGGUCACAUGGUUCCAAUGGAUCAGCCAAAGGCUUCGUUAGAAAUGCUGAAGAGGUGGAUUCAGGGAACCCUGUCACGAUCUGGUGGUGAUGCCGAGAAAUUGGUUGCUGAGCUGUAAUAAUCACUUUUAUCUAAAAUGUAAUGCAAAUGCAAUAAAGAGAAUAAACUAGCAUUUGUUUUUCCCUACCAACCUGAACACUAUCUAAAAUGAGAGUGAAUCAAGGCCAUGCAAAGAAAGAAGCACUCAGAAUUUCGUGUUUGUAUGUAUAUUAUUUUAGUAAAAUGCUGAGAUGUAAAUUGCUUACACAGCAAACUUCAUAUUGUGCGAUUAUAAUUGCUUACACCUGCAUCCAUUACCGAGUGAUGCAAAUUUUAAUUGA